UGACACCAGUCUCACACGGGACCAAGCCAGCAACACAGACAACAGCUCUCUUCUCCAAGUUUACUACUCUACUCUACGCUGCAGCUAUGCCUCGUCUAGAGGAGGCCAUUAAAAUCAUGGUGGAGCUGUUUGAGGAAUAUGCAGGCCAGGACAGCAAGCAGGUCAGCAUAGAAGAACUCAAAGAGCUGCUUGAGAAAGAUGUGGAGAGCCCUCAACUCAAGGAGAAAAUCCACCCAGAUGACAUCAAAGAGGCAUUGGAGUUGCUGGAUAAGAACCAUGAUGGUGAAGUCAACUUUCGUGAGUUUUCAAGGUGCUUGGCUGCCUUGGCCAAAGGCUACCACAAACAGAAGAGGGGCAAGGGUGGCAAGAGGGGCAAGGGGAAAGAAGACCCAGAAGCAGACUCAUGAAACCCUCAAAAAGCUUCUAGCCUUCAUGAUGUACAUUUAACAAACUAUCUUGUACAUAUGGCAUGUAGGUACUAUAUGCACUGCUGCCUAGACUGGUGUGUCCACUGGGAACAUACAAAAAUAUACCACCUCUCGAUACAGUUUGAUGUGCAGAAUGUAAUAUGUAGAGUGUUUAUUCUCUCUUUGUCUUGGUUUUGAGAUGUACUGGAUAUUCAUUACUAUCUGAAAAUUAAUAAAAAUCAACAGAAGAUAUA